AGGCUCGAGACGGACUGAGCUCGAUCGUCUACCCAGAUUUCAGGAACAAGUCUCCCUCGCCCUCGCGACCGUCGGCGAUACCCAUCCACGAUUGAUCUGCUCAGAUUCUGCCUUCUGUAGGUUCGAGGGUUGUGAGCUAUGGAGCCAGCUGCCGACAUGAUUCUCUCCCUCGUGAGCUCUUGUGUGUACUCGUUGAGGGUCGAACUCACCUUCGCCGCAGUGCUGGGGGCACUCUGGGCCGUCGGCCGCAAGACCGGGCUGGCGGGUGCCAAAACCCAGCUGGCCAGCACAAGGAAAAGGCCACCGUCGUCUGGAGCGCCCGCCGGACGGGCCAAGCCUGGAGAUCGCUCUGGGCGCGCCUCAGACGCAGCCGCCGCGACUCUGCCUGGCGGCGUCGGCGGUGUCGACCCGAAGCUGCUACGAGACCCUCGCUGGUUGGUGCCUCAGGUGACGCGGCUGUGCCGCGCUGAGGCGCGAACAGCGUUGGAGCUCUACCGCGCCGCCCACCGCGCUGGCGUCGACCUCGCUUCCGCAGAGCGCGACGAGUGCGAAUACAUGUUCCUGAGCAUGGUCACGGCCACCAUCCGAACCGGCCAGUUGGACGAGGCAAUGGUGUUGCUCCAGGAGCUACGCCGCCACGGCCCAGGCAUCUCCUCCGCGCUCCUCGGCUCCACCACCAAGCUGUGCACCUCCAAGCAGCUCUACGCCGAGUGCCUGGCCAUCUUCGACUUCGCCGCGGAGGACAAGGAGCUGAAGAUCGCCGACAGGAGCGUCUGGAGCUGCCUCCUUUUCUGCGCUAUAGAGACAAAGGAGCUCGAGCGCUGCAAGCUGUUCUGGCGCCGCCUCGAGUCGUGCGGGGCUCCCUCGUGCAAGGACUACGGCAACAUGAUCCGCUAUGCCUCGGCAGCCGGCGACUGGAAGCUCUCGCUGGAACUCGUGCAGCAGAUGCGCCAGAGCGACACCGAGAUCGACAGCGUGUCCUACAACACCUGUGUGGCCACCUGCGUGGCCGCAGACCGCGUGGACGAGGCGCGGACCCUGCUGGACGAGAUGGCGGAGUGUGGUGGUGUUUCCGACGCCAUCACCUACAACACGCUCUCCAAGGGCUACGCCAAGGCGGGCCGCCUCGAGCAGUGCUUUGAGCUCUUCGAGCUGAUGACGCAGCGCCGGGUGGAGCCCACGCAGGUGACCUACGGCAUCUUGCUCGACUGCUGCAUCAACGAGAACCAGGUCGCCAGGGCGGCGGAGGUCUUCGAGCAGAUGAAGGCCAACGGCUGUGUAAUGAACACGGUGCUCUACACCACUCUCAUCAAGGGCUUCGCUCGGGAUGGCCAUGUCGACAAGGCCAUGGAGGUCUACGAGCUCAUGCGCUCAGAGCGCACGAUCCCCCCGGACCUCAUCACGUUCUCGAUCCUGAUCAAAGCCAACUGCGACUCGGGGCGCUUGGGCGCUGCGCUGAGGCUCAAGGAGGCGAUGCUGGGGCUGGGCCUGAAGGCUGACGAGGUCAUUUUCAACAACAUCCUGGGCGGUUGCGCCAAGGAGGCGGACGCAUAUCUUGCCAAGUGCACGUACAAGGAGAUGGUUGACUCUGGCGUGCGGCCUUCCAACGCCACCUUCUCCAUCCUCAUCCGGCUGUACGCGCAGUGCAAACUGCUGGACGAGGCGGUGGACAUGCUCCGCACGGAGCCUGCCGCGCAGCGCGUGGCACCGGAGCCACGCUUGUACUCGCAGCUGGCGCACUGCUGUCUGCGCGAGAGGCGCGGCAAGCAGGCCACGGAGGUCUACUUGAUGAUGCUCGAGCACGGCCCCCUCACGGCCUCGGCCCACGGCGGCAUGCUCGGCAUGUGCGUGAAGCUCAACAUGCUGGACACGGCGGCGGAGAUCCUGUCCAUGGCCGCCGAGGCUGGCGGGCGGGUGGACCAGGCCGACGCCGACCAGGUCCUGAAGGCGGCCCGGAAGAAGCGUAAGGGCCAGUGCGAGGAGACCAUCGCCUCGGCCAUGCGGGCCCUGGGCCUGAGGCCGUCGCCCGCCUAG